UAUAGUGCAUCUAGCGUGCACUCGAUCUAGCAGAGUGCGAGCUAGACAAGUAGAUCUAGAUCUCUAACACAAGUACAGUCAAUAGUCUAGCUAGAGCUAUUUCUGUCAUCAUGAUGUCUAGAUCUACAUCUUCUGACGCUCUUCUCGUUUCUAUAAUAAUUUUGUGUUGCUUUGGUGCUACCACAGGUCUAGGACUAGAUGCAGCAAACUGUUCUCUUGACUGCCAAGGACUCUUUGUCUGUCAAAGUUACAAUUCUACUGUUGAACCACUUUACGAUGAACAUCCUUGUUCUCUCAACUAUUCAAUUUCUAGUGGAGUAUUUUCUCUAUCUUUCAGGAAAGAACUUUUCGAUGUCUCUGAAAGCACUGACUACAUGUACACAGUGUACUCGAUACAAGAACUACAAGAAACCGCUCAUCGAAAUCUAUCUGGCUGCAAACCUUGUGGAUCUGCUACUCUCAACUCAACCACCAAGAGAACUAGAUCUAUCAAUAUUAAUGAGUGUCACUGUGACACUCCAUCAGCGGAAGGGUUCGGUAGUUUCAUUUACUACGACUACGGCUACCAUCAUAUCUCAAUUUUUCUCGUUGAUCUUCAUCACAGAGUCUACAGAUCACUAAGUGACUAUGCCGCUACGUCUAACUGCACUAUAGAUCUGUGUGGUUGUGCUUCUGAUGAGAACAAUUCCUCUACAUCAAUUUAUCCUGAAGCUCCCGAACAGAAUGAGACCUUUUGUGGAAUUGACUGCCGGGCUAUUCAAAACAAGGAAGAAAAUUGUUCAUCUUUCUACCAAGAUGUCUGCAGCGAAUGGAUAAUUCACCCAUACAUGGAUUAUAAUAUUAUAAACCACAUGGAAUUCUCAAAAUGUUGUUUUGAGAGUAUCAACUGCUUGAACGUUUCCUUGUUUGAGACUGAUUGUACUACAAAUUCAUCAGGACGUGAUUUUACGUGCGAUAGAAUAUGCCAACGUGGUGACCUGAUUGACUCGUUUUUGGAAGAUUGCCCCUUUCAGCGUUUCGACUUCUGUGAUCCCUAUCUUCAAAAUGUGCUAGAUAUUGACGAUGUUAUUUCUGAAGACGAUUUCGUCUUUUUUAUUGAAUUCCUCGAAGAAUACAUUGAGAGUGUAAAUCCAGAGAAUAUCGUGAACACUCUUGAUAAUCUGUUCACAAAUCUCAUGGAUUCCAGUGAAUACCUUUUGGAUAAUGACAAUAACACUGAGCUUAUCCUUGGAAUCUUUGAGGAACUUUUUGAUGAUGCCAUCAAUCAAAACUGGACUGAUCAAUUGAAUUCUGCAACUGUUACUGUCGCAGACAGUAAGGCGCUUUCUCAAGUGGAGUCUCUCGGAGCAGUUCUGGGCAGUAGACUCGCCAAUGGAAACAGGACAAACCCGUUUAGUUUCAGUGGGACAAACAUGAUGCUCACGAUGAACUUUCCGAGUCAAAAUAGAUCUUUAGAUAACCAGCACAGAAUCAGUAUUCAAGGUGUAUCUAGCAGGAUACGUUACAGCACUGAAGUGAACAUUCCAUUGAAAGUACUUUGUUCAAGUGAAGGAUGCUCUAGUGUUGUGUCGCUGGCUUCUGUCAACAACCUGGCUGCGUACCUACACGAGGGGCUUGUCAGGAGGCAACGCAAAGCCAACAAUGUGUCACAGUAUGCCAGUUAUAUGCCUGCUACUCCGCUCCUUUCUGCUCAAAUUUUUGGGGUCACGGAUAUCGUAGAACAGCUAAAAACCGCUCCCAUUCAAAUCGUCACUACCUUGGACAGUAAUAACCUAACUAUGCGAGAAUUCAUGUGUGUGUUUUGGAAUGAAAAUAACAAGUCAUGGUCCCACACCGGAGUAACAACAGAUGAUAAUGGCAACAAUACAAUAACAUGCACAACUACUCAUUUGACAAGCUUUGCAAUUCUGGUUAGUGUCAACGAAGUAUCAACGAACCCUUUGGAUUUAAUACUUAUGUCAACUAUCUCGUACAUUGGCUGUGUGAUCUCGAUUAUUUGUCUACUGGCUACCAUUUUCUGUCUCAUAGCUUUCAAGAAAUUUCUCAAGAAAGGGCCACUGCUGUAUGUGCACCUCAACUUAGCCAUUGCUUUACUGCUUGGCUACACUGUGUUUGUGCUAGGAGUGGACACAGCAAAAGGGAUUACGGUACUCUGUACUAUUGUGGCUGCAGUGAUACAAUAUUUCUUUCUGGCAAGUUUCUGUUGGAUGCUCUCAGAGGCGGUGAUGCUUUACCUACUUGUGGUGAAGGUAUUUGGUAGUGCAGCAAAGAGAUGGUACUGGCUACUGAUACUUGGUUGGGGUGUACCGCUGCCAAUUGUUGCCAUUUCAGCUGGCGUCUUACGCAUGGAAUAUGGGAACAAUAACAGUUGCUGGAUAAACAGAGGACCAGCUGUGUACACAUUUGUAGGACCAAUGCUCCUUAUCAUUUUGAUCAACACAGUGAUUCUGAUAUUGACAGUAGUGAGCAUUGUACGAGGGAAGAAGUUCGGUGGAGGAGAAGUCCAGGUCAAGACAAGAACACUAGUAAAGACGACCUUACAGAGUACAGUGAUCUUGCUCCCUCUGCUGGGCAUCACAUGGGUCAUUGGCUUGUUUGCAGUGAAUGAAAACACUCAAGUGUUUGCUUGGCUGUUUAUAUUAACAAAUUCUUUCCAGGGGAUGUUCAUCUUCGUCUUUCAUGUAUUGAGAAACGAGUAUAUAAUAAGGAGAUUAAAAUUCUGCUGCUGUAAGACUAGAGUGAAGAAAACAACGGAAAACAAAACCUCUGCAAUGAAGUUGGAGGGUAAAUCAGCUGUUAACAAGACUUAUAACUUCACCCUCACCACCGAGCCUUAUACUGCAGAGUAUCUAGAUAAUGAGAAUUGUGGUGUAACUUUUUCCCAAGACAAAGAUACAGUGGCAGACAUGAUAAUUAAGCAUGAACUCUAAAGAUAUAAUUAUCAUUGAGGAGAUGGUAACAAAACAAUAAUUUUUGCACAUGCAGUAUAAAAUAAUUUACAUACAAAAAUGUACGUGCAUAAUAAGUUUAUAAUCCAUCAACAGUC